AUGGACUGGCAUGCAUGUGCUAGACGGUCGUUUAUAGUAGUUAAAUCGGCUAUCAUGGUGAACGAGGAAAUCGCUAUCACAAAUCGGUUGUAUGUCUCGGACAAAAAUGAUCAGGGAGAUAUUGUAUUAAGCGUCGAUAGAAAAGAGAAAGACCGAACUCCGUACCAAGACGACUCUGACGUAAAUGUUGUACAUGAGGAAGAAGAUCCUUGGAAAAUCACAAAUGUUUAUGUAAAGGGUGUUCCUUGGUCAGAUUUAUCAACAUGCGGAAAAUUCAAACGCCUACUGUGGGAUUAUUUUGGAAAGUUGGUUGUACUCGUAGGCUUACUAUACCUCUUUAUAUGCUCCUUGGACUUUCUAAGCAAUGCGUUCAAACUUAUUGGUGGUAAAGCUGCCGGAUCAGCAUUUGCAGAAAGUCAAGUUCUUUCAAACCCGGUGGCUGGCCUCAUGAUUGGAGUCCUAGCAACUGUCUUGCUUCAGUCGUCAUCAACCACAACGUCCAUUGUAGUCAGCAUGGUUGCUGCAAAAAUUAUUCCGGUAUCAAAUGCCAUACCAAUGGUGAUGGGAGCUAAUAUUGGAACAUCAGUGACAAAUACGUUAGUUUCAAUUACCCAGAUAGCCAACCAGAAUGAUUUCCGACGGGCGUUUGCUGGUGCCACCGUUCACGACAUGUUUAACUGGCUCACGGUUAUCAUUCUUUUGCCUGUAGAAGCGUUGACUGGGUAUCUUUUCCAUUUAUCAGAAUUGAUAACAAACAGCAUGCACUUACAGACAAAUAAGGCGGCCAAUCUAGAAUUCCUAAAAAAGCUGACAAAGCCAUUUACACACCUUAUUAUCCAGGUUGACAAGAAGGUCAUAGAACAAAUUGCACAAGGAAUUCCAGAUGCCAUGAAUAAAUCAAUAAUAAAGCAUUGUUGUGUUAAAGAAGAUGUCGAGGUACUGAGAUGGAAUACUUCAGAGAAUUGGAAUACGUCCGGACACUGGAAUUAUUCAUACACGACCACCGAGAGUGUGUGUCUUGAGAAAUGUAAAUACCUAUUUGAGGGUGUGGCAAAUACAUGGAGUGAUACAACAGUUGGUAUCGUCUUACUGGUCAUCGCCUUGGUAACGCUGUGUGUGUGCCUCGUUCUCAUUGUAAAAACCCUUCAUUCCUUUUUGAAGGGUAAAAUAAGCUCAUGGAUUAAAAAGUUCGUCAAUGCUGACUUUCCGGGUAAAUUUGCCUAUUUCACAGGGUACCUGGCUAUUUUGCUAGGCAUGGGACUUACUAUUCUCGUACAGUCUAGUUCUGUAUUUACAUCAGCUUUAACCCCGUUGGUUGGAAUUGGAAUCAUAUCUGUUGACAGAAUGUACCCAUUGACCCUUGGAGCUAACAUAGGCACAACUACAACAGCCCUGUUAGCUGCCCUUGCACAAAGUGCAGAAGAUAUUCCAUUAGCUUUACAAAUAUCGCUGUGCCAUUUAUUUUUCAAUAUUUCGGGCAUUCUUUUGUAUUUUCCAAUACCCUACCUUCGGUUUCCGAUACGAAUUGCAAAGGCUCUUGGAAAUGUGACCGCAGAAUAUCGGUGGUUUCCGAUAGUCUAUCUAUUAUUUGGAUUUUUCUUACUUCCGGGUGCGAUUUUUGGGUUAUCCCUAAUCAGCUGGGAAGUAAUGGCUGGGGUGUGCAGUCCGAUUGCGUUUCUCUUGGUAGUUAUAGAUGCAAUUAAUAUUUUACAAAAUAAAGCACCAACAUGCCUUCCCAACAUUUUAAGAACAUGGGCAUUUUUGCCAGAGCCAUUGCGUUCAUUAAAGCCAAUAGAUCGUCAGUUACAAAGACUGAAAAUAUUUUGUUCUUGCUGCUGUCGGAGCAAGGAGGCUAAUACUGAAACGAAUGCAACGGGAAACGAAACGAAUGCAACGGGAAAGGACAGAGCUGAAUAUACAAAAUUUUAGUGAUACAUAUUUUCAUAUCGCAAAGAAGAUGAUGUACGUAGCUUUGCAUCCAUUUUCUAGAUUUCAGAAGCAUAUCUUAUCCAUUGUACAUAUAUUUGCAGUUUUCUUGUUUAUAUACUAGUAUUAUUCACAAUAACUGUGUUUUCGGCGUUUUCUAGAAAAUUAAGUGAGCUGUUUUGAAAAGUAAAUUCUAUUUUGUGAAACAAUUAUUUAAACCUACUACUGUUUUUUAAGGAACCACGAUUUCAUUUAGAGAUUGUAUUGUGUAUAUAUAUCGCCUCGGUCAAUAUUGCCGUCUUCCGGUGAAUAUCACAUCAUAUUCAAUGGCUCAAGAGUCAAUAAUUGUAUAAUAUUUUUGUACCAUAUCACAUAUCAUAUAUUAAAACAAGAAAAAAUGUUUCAGUAUUUACCAUGAAAAUUGACAUUACAAUGAAAUUACUUAUCACUAAGUUUUAACCAUACAUUACUAAAUGUGACAAACAGUAUGUGGGACAAACUGAGCAACCUGUAUCAAAACUCAUGAACAGUCACAGAUUUGAUAUUAAUAGUUUUACUGACCCUGCUUUUUCCUCAAUGGUUGCAUCGCAUUUCAAUUUACAAGAUCAUUGCUUAAAAGACUUCUCUUUUAUGCCUAUUGAUGAUAUUAGAAAUGGCAUUGAUCUUCUCUGCAAAGAAACCGUGUGGAUACAUAAACUGAAAACGCUUUAUCCAGAUGGUUUAAAUUCUAAAGUUUUAUUUGAUAUUAAUUGACCAGUUAACUAUUUGUUUUG